AAUUUGGCGACUUCUUUGCAACAGUAUCCAACUUGACAUCUACUCAAUUCACGGCCUUUCUGCUAAUGGGUGUCCCAGGAUUAGAAGACUUCCAAAUCUGGCUCUCCAUCCCUUUCAGCUUCAUGUACCUCUUGGCUGUUAUAGGCAAUAGCCUGCUUAUGGCAGUGGUAGCCUGGGACAGGAACCUCCAUGAACCCAUGUAUCUCUUUCUGGCCAUGCUGGCACUCAACGAUGUCCUCCUUUGCACUGUCACAGUGCCCAAAAUGCUUCUAAUCUUCUGGCAGGGCCCUACCCUGUCAUCAUUUCCUGCCUACCUCACACAGAUGUUUUUUGUUCAUGCUCUGUUCCUCUCUGAAUCUGCUAUUCUACUGGCCAUGGCUUUUGAUCGCUAUGUAGCUAUCUGUACACCACUUCAUUAUGUUACCCUCCUUACAGGCUCUCUCAUUGGCAAACUAGGCCUGGCUCUGGUUGCUCGGAGUGUGAUUGUAGUCACCCCCGGUGUCCUCCUCAUUCUCCGGCUACACUUCUGUAGGAGCAACAUCAUCCGCCAUACUUACUGUGAAAACAUGGGCAUUGCCAAGUUGGCCUGCAAUAGCAUUACCCUUAAUAGCAUUUAUGGGCUCACGGCUGCUCUCCUCACCACAGGGCUGGACUUUGUCCUUAUCUGCCUCUCCUACUGGCUCAUCCUGAAAACGGUGUUUGAACUACCUUCUAGGAAGGCUCAGAUAAAGGCCUUUGGGACCUGCGGAGCUCACUUAUGUGUCAUCUUGAUAUUUUAUAUUUUGGCUUUCUUUUCCUUCUUUAUCCAUCGCUUUGGGCACCAGGUGCCUGGGCAUGCCCUCAUCCUCUUGGCAAACCUCUACUUACUACUGCCAACUACCAUGAGCCCUCUUGUUUAUGGGGUAAAGACGAAGGAGAUAAGGAUGCGAGUAAUAGGGCUCUGUGGCCAAGCAAAAUGA